GAAUCCCGGGGUUAUUCUCGUUUGGCCUGUACUUGACUGCCGGCGGGGUUGCCAAAAUGCCGUGGCACCAUUUUACCCAGAACCAGGCGGGGUUCGCCACAAGGAUCCGGAACUUUACAUUGAGGGCGGAUAAGUUCUUUUGGUCUUUUCAUCCACCCGUCGUGAAUCGAACAGCGUUCCAGUAAUUCCAAUCCUCUCAUCACAGAACAGAGAGAAAUAUGGCUCCGAAUUGGACACAUCUGGUACGCUUCCUGGCCGAGGAAGACGGCCAGAUCCACCUCGGCCAAAUCGACGCCAAGGAAUGGCCGGAUGUGGGGCUUGCGCUCCAUGACGGCAAGAAAGUCACGGCGAAUCUGGUGGAAGGCACCGUGUUUGAUGGAGUUGUGACGGAUAAGUACCUCACCAUUGCACAGCUGCUCUCGCCUCUACGCAUUGACGAGGUGCCCAUCAUCCGAUGUCUCGGACUCAACUAUCGGGAUCAUGCCAAGGAGGCCAACAUGCCUAUUCCCAAUGAGCCGGUUUUGUUCAUCAAGCCUCGAACCGCUCUGAACGGGCCUGCUCCGGCCAAGAUCAACAUCCCCAAGAUUGCCCAAGAUGGAUCAAGCGACUAUGAAGCUGAAUUGUCUGUGGUUUUGGGCAAGUCGGGGCGGGAUAUUCCCAAAGAGAAGGCUUUAGAUUAUAUUCUGGGAUACACCUGUAGUAACGAUGUUAGCGCGCGGAUUCAGCAGAUGAAGAACAGCCAGUGGUGCUUCUCGAAGGGGCUCGACGGUUCUUGUCCGAUUGGGCCAGUUCUGGUCUCUCCAACAGCCAUUCCUGAUCCGCACAAACUGAGCAUCAAGGCAAUAUUGAAUGGUGAGGUGGUUCAGGACUCCAACACAGGCGAGAUGAUUUUCGACCUGGCCACGACCAUCUCGUUCCUGUCGCAGGGAACAACUCUUGAACGCGGUACCAUAAUUAUGACUGGUACUGGGCCGGGCAUUGGGGCAAUGCGAAAACCGAAGCUGACGCUGAAGAAUCAGGAUGACAUGAGGGUUGAAGUUGAGAAAAUCGGGACUCUCAUCAACACCGUUUACUUUGAGUGAGUAGCUGCUUACGUUGGGUAACACUCUUUACUAUAAGUAGUGUUUACGUACAAUAGCU